AUGCAUCCAUCGCCUAAGGUGAUGGAGGAGGGCAAGUCCCAACUGGACGUCCAUGAGGAAGCGAAGGCCUUGCCGGGCGAGAUGGAAGGACUCGACCGUGGAGAGACGCAUCGUGGAUUGAGCUCACGUCAUAUUCAAUUCCUUGCUCUGGGUGGGUGCAUUGGCACAGGUUUGUUUGUUGGAAGUGGACAGGCUUUGUCGACUGUUGGACCGGCACCACUUCUCAUGGGAUACAUCGUCAUGUCGACUGUUGUCUACUUCAUAAUGAACAUCCUGGGUGAAAUGACGACUUAUUUGCCAGUGCGCGGUGUUUCCGUGCCAUAUUUGAUCAACCGAUUUACGGAGCCAAGUAUAGGAUUUGCUGUUGGAUACAACUACUGGUAUUCAUUCUCGAUGUUAAUCGCAUCAGAGGUCACAGCAGCAGGACUUGUCAUAGAAUAUUGGAAGGUUGACGUUAGCGUUGGUGUGUGGAUCGCGGUCAUUCUUCUUGUUAUCCUCGUCCUAAACAUCGUUGCUGUUUCCUGGUAUGGUGAAGCUGAGUUUUGGUUUGCAUCGUUGAAAAUUAUCGCCAUCCUUGGCCUUAUCAUCCUCGGCGUCGUUCUUUUCUUUGGUGGCGGUCCAAACCACGAUCGACUUGGAUUCCGAUACUGGCAGCACCCAGGUGCCUUCGUGGAGCCAUAUCUGGUCUCAAAUGUGAAUACUGGCCGAUUCCUGGCAUUUUGGACCGCUCUGCUCAAAUCCGGUUUCUCGUUCAUCUUCUCUCCGGAGUUGAUCACCACCGCUGCCGGUGAGGCUGUCGCACCCCGUCGCAAUAUCCCCAAGGCUACCAACCGUUUCAUCUACCGUCUAUUCGCGUUUUAUGUUCUCGGGGUCUUGGUCAUCGGCGUGACUGUUGCAUACAAUGAUAAGAAUCUUCUUCAGGGUAUUGCCAGUAGUAGUUCGGGUGCUGGUGCCAGUCCCUUUGUGAUUGGCAUUCAGAAUGCUGGUAUCCAUGGCCUGAACCAUGUUAUCAACGCUGCCAUCCUUACUUCUGCUUGGUCCUCAGGAAAUUCUUGGGUCUACGCGGGCUCGCGAACACUCUACUCGCUCGCUUGCGAAGGUCAAGCGCCCAAGAUCUUCACUCGCUGUAACAAAAAUGGUGUCCCCUACCCUGCAGUACUGGUGACAUGGGCGAUUGGACUGCUCGCCUUUCUGAACCUAUCAAGCUCGGGAUCUGAUGUGUUUUAUUGGUUCACCAAUAUUACCACAAUCGGAGGUUUUAUUUCUUGGACUUUUGUCGGUCUGGCAUACCUGCGCUUUCGUCGGGCCCUUGGCUUCCAUGAACUACUAGACUCACGGCCAUUCAAAACUCCGUUCCAACCCUACGGCACUUACUAUGCUGUGAUUGUUGUCUCGCUCCUGGCGAUCACCAAUGGAUACACCAUUUUCUUCCCUGGAUCCUUUACAGCUUCCGGUUUCCUGGUGUCUUACAUCGUGUUCGUCAUCUUUUUCCUCUUGUACUUUGGGCAUAAGCUGUGGUACCGAACACCCUGGAUUGUCCCAGUUGCGGAUGUCGACAUCUUCUCUGGAAAAGAGGAAAUUGAUCGGAUGUGCGAGCUAGAGGUCGAAGAGGUACCUCGCAACUGGCUGGAGCGGGUCUGGUGGUGGAUUGCGUAG